UCUCCACUCGUCACCCAGCCCUCCCCGGACCGCGCAGGCCCGAGCUCGGGUCUAUGUCCAACUUUUUAGAGAGAACGCUUCCUGCUGUCACCAGCCUGGCAGAAGAGGCGAGUCGCUUUGCUUGUGGACAGGAGAGGACUGUGAUCAAAGCCAGUAAUCGGUUUAGUAUUUUAGGACCCAUCAUUGGGGUUUCAAACUUAGAAGAAAGAGAAACUCUAUCCUUGGCCAUUCGGCUUUGAGAAUAAAUCUCAGAGUGCCUGCUCUGUGCUAACAGCAGAGCCCACCAUGGCCAAGAGAGUCGCCGUGAUCGGAGCUGGUGUGAGUGGCCUGUCCUCCAUCAAGUGCUGCCUGGAUGAGGACCUGGAGCCCACCUGCUUUGAGAGGAGUGACAACUUCGGGGGACUGUGGAAGUUUUCUGAAGAGUCCAAAGACGGGAUGACCAGGGUCUAUCGGUCGCUAGUGACAAAUGUCUGCAAGGAAAUGUCAUGUUACAGUGACUUCCCUUUCCGAGAAGAUUAUCCCAAUUUCAUGAACCAAGAGAAAUUUUGGGACUAUCUACAAGAAUUUGUUGAGCACUUCGACCUCCUGAAAUACAUUCGAUUUAAGACCACCGUGUGCAGUGUAACAAAGCGUCUGGACUUCUCUGAAACGGGUCAGUGGGAUGUGGUCACGGAGACGGAGGGCAAGCAGGACAGAGUGGUCUUUGAUGCUGUCAUGGUGUGCACGGGACACUUCCUGAGUCCCCAUUUACCUUUGGAAUCCUUUCCUGGAAUCCAUAAUUUUAAAGGCCAAAUCCUGCACAGUCAAGAGUACAGGAGCCCAGAAGCCUUUCAGGGCAAACGUGUCUUAGUGAUUGGCCUUGGGAACACAGGAGGAGACAUUGCGGUGGAGCUCAGUCGAAUAGCGGCUCAGGUACUUCUCAGCACCAGAACUGGCACUUGGGUUCUCAGCCGCUCUUCAGAUAGGGGCUACCCUUUGAACAUGAUGAUUACCAGAAGAUGCUAUAAUUUAAUUCACCAACUGCUGCCUCCAUGUUUCCUAAACUGGAUUCAAGAGAGGAAAAUGCAAAAAAGACUAAACCAUGAGAUUUAUGGAUUAAGUAUCACAAAGGGGAAAAAUCCGAAAUUUAUUGUGAAUGAUGAGCUGCCAACCUGCAUCCUGUGUGGGCUGGUCACUAUGAAAACCAGUGUGAAGAGAUUCACAGAGACCUCUGCUAUCUUUGAAGAUGGGACAGUGGAAGCCAACAUUGAUACUGUGAUCUUUACUACAGGAUAUAAAUUUUCUUUUCCUUUUCUUGAAGAAACUCUCCAAAGCCUUUGUACAAAGACGUUCCUAUAUAAGCAGGUCUUUCCCCCAGGCCUGGAGAGAGCAACUUUAGCCAUCAUUGGCCUUAUCAGCCUUACGGGGUCCAUCUUAGCAGGCACAGAGCUCCAAGCACGGUGGGCCACAAGAGUAUUCAAAGGGCUCUGUAGGAUACCGCCACCCCAGAAGUUGAUGGCUGAGGCUACUAAAAAGGAGGAGCUCAUUAAAAGGGGUGUGCUCGGAGACGCGGGCCAGAACAAGCUCAACUACAUUCUCUACAUGGACGAGCUCGCUGCAUCCAUAGGCGUGAAGCCCAGCAUCCCACUUCUGUUCCUCAGGGACCCCAGACUAGCUUGGGAAGUUUUCUUUGGACCAUGUACCCCUUACCAAUACCGCCUGGUGGGCCCUGGAAGAUGGGAUGGAGCCAGAAAUGCCAUCCUGACCCAGUGGGACAGGACGCUGAAGCCUCUCAAAACCCGAGUCGCUCCUGACCCUCCCAAACCUGCCUCCACGUCACACUGCUUGGGAGCUCUGGGGGGACCUCUCCUGCUUGCCUUCCUCCUACUCAUCUAUAAAUCUCCACUUCCCAAGUUGAUUCGAGAUAGAAUCUCCCCUCACCUAGGGCUGUGGUUUGGGUGUGCCCCCUGGAAAUUCAUGGGCAGGCAGACUGGUCUCCAGCUGGCAGCACUGAGAGAGUCUGCAUGAUCAGACAAUCAUCAGAGACUGACCACAAAGACAUUGGUGACCACAGCAUCCAGAAGAGGCUGUCUGGUUGAAGAGGGGUGUGGGUUUUAGAGAAAAUAAAUUGUAAGUGAUCGGAUAAUUCAUUCGUUAACUCAACAAAUAUGUACUGAGCACUUACUAUGUUCUAAGCACCGUGCGACAUCGUGGGGAAACAUGGUGAAUACAGAGAAAGUCCUUGACUUCACAGAACUCUGCGCCACUGUGACAGGCAGGAAAUAGUGACAACUGCCUCCAGUAUCAACCACGCAGGCUUGGGAGACAAAGGGGGAGCCAGCUGGGAUGCUCAGACAAAGCCUUUCUGAAGAGGUGACACUCGAAGUGAUCCCAGGGAAAGCUGCGUCAAGGGACAGCGUGGCCCCGGGGACAGUUUCAUGGAAGGGUAGGAAUCAGUAGGAAGGCCUUGUGGCAGGCAUGUCAGGACAGCAGCUGCCAGCCUCGUCCACACCGUGACGUGCACGGAAAACGAGGACAGUCUUUGUGAGCCACACUGUGACAAACUAGAGAAGUGUGAUCUAUGUGGGCACAGGGAAAAUUCCCUUUUCAUACUGAAGUAAAUUACUUAAGCCAAAAAAUAGCGACAUUUCAGGGGAAAUAUUAAAUACAGAAUUUAUGAUAUACUUGCAAAUAAAACUUCACAGGUUUUAGUUAAAACUUGAAUUCAUUUCGGGGGGUUUUCUAUCAUAUCUUAUACUUGAAAUUCUACAUUAACUCCUAAAUAGGAUUCUUAAACCAUGAUCUCUUUAUGUUAUUACAGGUUGGUGUGAAGAUCAUGUAAAACCAUUUCACGGCCAUUCAGAAAAAUUAAAACGGUUGAAAUACUUUCUUUCAUCAAUAAAGGUACCAUUGAAAGUUUUUUGUGUUAUGAGAAUGGAUCCAGGUCCCAUCAAACUUCCAGAACAAGCAAUUCAGACGAGAUCAAGCUUUAGUAGUAAGAGGAGCUCACUGGUCUGCGCACCAGCCCUGAAGGCGCUUGGCCAAGAGAACGGAAUCGUUACUCUAUGUGAAGACGGGAAUUCCAGGCCACUUCCCCUCACAGCCCCUGCUCCCCAACACAAACACCCACCCGCCAUCGCCACCAGGCGCCCUCAUUGUCUGUAGGUCCUG